GAUUAGGGCCAAGACUUGUCAGCUUUCUCUGCCAAAAUCUGUGUCAGAUUUAAGACACAUGCUCCUGCAAGCUUCCACGAGGGUUGUGAAAAAAAGCUGGACUCCACAAUCGGGUCCCAGCCUUCUGCAUGUGCAGACAUUGGUGGCCGCGCCACCUCCCUACAAAGCGACUCAAACCUGAGGCAUUGGGUGGAGAGACUUUUUAAAAAAUUUGCUGGAUAUGAGAUGGAUUAAGAAUGCUUUCUCAUUUCAAGUCGGAAGACAUGUCCACCUCCUGAUUAUUCUUGGAGCAGGAAAACAUUUACAGCUUUUUUCAUCUCUCUCUCCCCCCACCCCCAUAAGAUUGCAAAAACAAACGUACCUUGACUAAUUGAAGUAGUUUCAUUGGAUUUUGAUGACAACUGAUUAUUUGUUUUUCCCUGUGAACUCUUGGGGUUUCGAACUUUCCUGCUGGAGAAUGCCUUUGGAAACAGUUUGCUCUAGCUGCCUGAUGUCAACUGCUUGGUAAUCAGUGGACAUUGAAAUAUUCAAAAUGUACAGACAGUGGGCAGUGGUGAAUAUUUUUAUGAUGUCUUCUCUGCAUCUGGUGCAGGGCUUCAGUUAUGAACGUGGACCAGUGAAGCGGGCAUCGCGGUCGAUGUUGGAACGAUCUGAGCAGCAGAUUAGGGCGGCUUCGGGUUUGGAGGAGCUGCUGCAGAUCACACACUUCGAGGACUGGAAGCUGUGGAGAUGCCGACUGAAGGUCAAAAGUCUGGCGAGUGCAGACUCUCGCUCAGCAUCCCACCGCGCCACCAGGUUUGCGGCCACUUUCUAUGACAUUGAGACACUGAAAGUUAUAGAUGAGGAAUGGCAGAGGACGCAGUGCAGCCCUCGAGAGACGUGCGUGGAGGUGGCCAGCGAGGUGGGCAGGAGCACCGACACAUUCUUCAAGCCUCCCUGCGUGAACGUGUUCCGGUGUGGCGGCUGCUGCAAUGAAGAGAGUCUUGUGUGUGUGAACACCAGCACCUCGUACGUUUCCAAACAGCUCUUUGAGAUAUCAGUGCCUUUGACAUCUGUUCCUGAAUUAGUGCCUGUUAAAGUUGCCAACCAUACAGGUUGUAAGUGCUUGCCAACAGCUCCUCAUCAUCCCUACUCGAUUAUCAGAAGAUCCAUCCAGAUCGCAGAAGAAGAUGGAUGUUCUCAUUCCAAGAAACUCUGUCCUAUUGACAUGCUCUGGGAUAGCAACAAAUGUAAAUGUGUUUUACAGGAGGAGAAUCCCCUUGCUGGAAUGGAAGAUCAUGCUCAUCUCCAGGAACUGGCUCUCUGUGGGCCUCACAUGAAGUUUGAUGAAGAUCGUUGCGAGUGUGUCUGUAAAAUGCCAUGUCCCAGAGAUUUCAUCCAGCACCCAGAAAACUGCAGCUGCAUUGAAUGCAGAGAAACUGUGGAGAGCUGCUGUCAGAAGCACAAGAUAUUUCACCCAGACACCUGCAGCUGUGAAGACAGAUGCCCCUUUCACACCAGAACCUGUACGAACGGAAAACCAGCAUGCCCAAAGCACUGCCGCUUUCCAAAGGAGAAAAGGGCCACCCAUGGGCGCCACGAUCAAGAAAAUCCUUGAUUCAGCCUUGAUCUCCAUUUCCCCAACCCUGUCAUUUUAAACAGCAUGCUGUUUUGCCAAGUUGCUGUCGCUGUUCCAGGUGUUAGAAAAAAAAAUCCGUUUUACAUAGUCCCCUGGUGAAUCCAGACUGACCUUCCGUUAAACAACAGCUGAGGGUUCCCCAGCUCACUGACAGAUGUCUUGUAACUAAUGAUGCCCUGUGCACCAAGGAAUGGAGAAGGAAUCUGCGUUACCCGCCCCUCCCCCCCCUUUUUUGGUGAAUGAAAAAGUCGGAUCCUCACGGAAUGACAGGUGUCAUGUGAUUCAUUAUUCAGAGCAGAUGAGGUAAUUUGCAUAGUCGCCGAGUCCUUGGCUAAUCACAACUCUCUUGUGAGUUAUUCUGAUUCUUUCUUAUGCAGAUUUUGAUGUGUAUGAUCAGCACUGAUUGUCUGAUUACUGUCCAGCUUGUAGUUUUGAGUUUACCAAACUACUGUCUGUUGUUUCAUAUUUAAGCGUAUUUAAAAGAAAAUAAACACAUUAUUCAA